AUGCCCCUGGAUCCAUUCAGCGACAAACUCUAUGAGGCUGUUGCAGAGGGUGUCAUUCCCUGUAAAGUAAUCAACUGCCUUUUCUCCAAUGCCAUCGAUGAAAGAGCAAUCAAUAUGAGUAACAACCUUUUCUACGCUAGUCACAGGGUUGAAAAUCUCCAACUAGCGCUUACAGCAGCACUGUGCAACGGCUGUGCUGUCAAAAACAUCACGGUGGAUGACUUGAUGGGAACUAGGCCCAACUUCAAAUUAGCUAGCCUUGAGUUCCUAAAGCAAGUCAUUCUUAAGGGUUAUUAUCAAAAUAUAAACAUUCACGAGCAUCCUGAAAUCUUUACGCUUCGGGAAGUACAUGAAGACAUAAAUGACUUAAAGUGUCUGUCACCAGAACAGAUCCUUACUAGAUACGUGAAUUACCACCUUAGAAGUGCAGGCAUUACCAAUGUUCUUACAAAUUUUGAGUACGACUUAUCCGACUGUGUUGUAUACGCCCAUCUGCUCUACAAGAUCGCUCCGGUUACCAUUCGACCUAGACUUCUUCCUGAUCAUCAAGUGCUUGUUUAUAGCAAUAUUGAAAAUCGUGCGAAAGCCGUUCUUCAGAAUUUGCGAGAGCUGGGAGCAGAAAUGUUUCUCUGUGAAGAUGACUUCUUACAUCCCGAGCAUCAACGGAAAUCCCGCGGAGUGCUCCACCUCAUGACGGUGGCCUUCCUAUUCGACAGAUUUGCGGGUGAAAUGAAGGCACACGGAGGCGGUGAUUUUCCCAUCUCCAAAGAAGAUGUCAAUGAAUUGUCCUCACGUAAUUUUAUCAAUUCUAUUAAUGUUAAGCCCUAUUGCACUCACGUGAUAAGCAAUUUGCGAGACGGGCUGAUCGCAAAACAGGUAUUUGAAGUGCUGCGACCCGGCUUUACAACAGGGGUGAAGUUUACACAUGAAUUUGAUUUGAUUCGCCGGGAUGCACAGUUCUUGCAAAAUAAUACUUGUAUUCUUCGGUUAGUGCAGGGAUACUCCUUCCGUCUGCCUAGUCUGGAUGCUUCACGACUAACCACAAGUGAUCAGGAGAUGUGUGAAGUCCUGCUCAUGGAGAUGCUUCGAAGCUACCUCACCCACGAUGCCUACGACGAGCAUGAGCUACUUAAGUGGGUCAACGAUCAAUUGGCACGAGCAGGGAAGCCCGUUGAAUUACGCAGUUUUCAGGACCGAUUGAUAGCUGACGAAUGCCUCUUUGCAGUUGUCUUGAACAAUCUCACUAACGGGUUGGCUUCUAAGGACUACCUUCGGGGAAAACGUUAUGAAAACGCUAAAUAUUACAUCUCCGUUGCGCAUAAGGCUGGCUUUCGUGUGUUCACAAGGCCAGAACACUUUGACGUCUGCUCUCCACGAUGGGUUGCCAUUGCCUUUGCUGCUCUGCGCUGGAGUUGA